CGGAAGGAAAGGCGAGCACGUGGGACGGGCCGCGAGAGACGCGCACGUCGGUAGUGGGAGCAAGGCUGCGGUCACCAUGGCGACUCUCAGUAGCAGCACUGUGGUCUGCGUGGUAUGCUUGGAGAAGCCCAAAUACCGCUGCCCCGCCUGCCGCGUGCCCUACUGCUCCGUCACGUGCUUCCGGAAACACAAAGAGCAAUGCAAUCUUGAAACUCAUCCUGUUGAGAAAAAAAUAAGAUCAGCUGUUACUGCAAAAACUAUAAAGCCCAUGGAAAACAAAGAUGAUGACGAUGACUCUAUAGCUGAUUUUCUCAAUAGUGAUGAGGAAGAAGACAGAGUUUCUUUGCAGAAUUUAAAGAAUUUAGGGGAAUCUGCGGCAUUGAGAAGCUUACUGCUCAACCCACAUCUUAGACAGUUGAUGGUCAGCCUCGAUCAGGGGGACAAUAAGGCCAACCUUAUGAGAGCCUGCAUGCAGGAGCCCUUGUUUGUGGAGUUUGCCGACUGCUGUUUAAGGAUCGUGGAACCAUCCCAGAAUGAGGAUUUUUAAGAUGGAUUAUUGUGCUGCUUGCUCAAGCAUGUUUGACUCUCAGAACCUGCCUGUUCCUUCUACCUGGAGACCAACUAGUGUGGAGCCCUAAGUAAGGGCAGUGAUUUCCAGGAUGCAGACCACUGAUGUAGGGUAGGUCAUGCAAGUCAUCACCUCCAUUGCUGUGGGCUCAGGUGUAAGGUAGAUGCGGGGUACUCAAAGUGGCAAAACCUUUAUGGAGAAAGAAUUUGACGUUCAAAUGGUUUUUAUUUUUGGUACAGUUAAGAUAUAAAUAUAAUUUAUCAAGUUUCACGCUCAUGUGAAUUAAAACUUGUGCAUUGUUGCUAAAUGAAAUCAAGAUACAGUGGUUCUGUCGUAUGUUGCAUUGUUCAUCAACCUUGGUUCAUAAUCUAAUUGCUUGAAAUUAAAUAAAUCAACAUUAAAUAACUAA